GUUGGUUUCAGUCCCAGCUGUUAAGGCAAGCAAAAAAAAAUCUUUUCUUUCAUUGUUGUCAAAGAACACCCUCCCCAAAUUAACGCUACCGAUCAUGAACACCUACAAAACGUACGCUGAACGCGCUGCACGACACCCCAAUGCAUGUGCACGAUCGUUGUUCGAACUUAUGGAACGUAAAAAAACUAAUUUGUCGGUAGCCGCUGAUGUCACCACCAAGAAGGAACUUUUGGCCAUUGCCGACGCGGUUGGACCUUAUGUUUGUGUUUUGAAGACCCAUAUCGAUAUCGUUGAAGAUUUCGACCAAGACCUCGCGGAUCAGCUUGUCGAACUUGCAAAGAAGCACGAUUUCCUUUUGUUCGAGGAUCGCAAAUUUGCUGACAUUGGUAACACCGUGAAGCAUCAAUAUGGCAAGGGUGUAUACAAGAUCGCGUCAUGGUCGCACAUCACCAACGCUCACACUGUUCCCGGUGAAGGCAUCAUCUCGGGUCUGCGUGAAGUCGGCUUGCCUUUGGGUCGUGGUCUCUUGUUGUUGGCCGAGAUGUCAUCCAAGGGAGCAUUGACCCAAGGAUCCUACACAACCGAGUCUGUUGCCAUGGCACGUCGUAACCAGGACUUCGUGUUUGGCUUUAUUGCCCAGCACAAGAUGAACGAGAGUGACGACGAGGAUUUCGUUGUCAUGGCCCCCGGCGUUGGAUUGGAUGUUACUGGUGAUUCACUGGGCCAGCAAUACCGUACUCCUUAUCAGGUCAUUGUUGAAAGCGGAUGUGAUGUCAUUAUUGUCGGACGCGGUGUCUAUGGUAAGCCAGAUCAGGUUGAAGCCCAAGCUACGCGGUAUCGCGAGGCAGGUUGGAACGCAUACCUUGAACGCGUUCGUCAACAUCAGUAAAAGAUGAUAAGCACCCUUGUCCUUUGUACCAAUAUUUCAACAUGUCCAUUUUGUUUCUCGCAUUCCUUGUCUUUUCAUUAAAGCAUCCCAUCACAUUGUAUAUUCUCGCCAUCUUAAUGCAUCGCUUUUAAAAAAGGAAGGUUGGAGUUUGUGUUGCAGUGGCUUCUACGUUUCG